UAUGUUUUUUGUAAUACAUGUAUUUUCGUUAACAGGCAAAUUAGGGGUGUAAAAAUCAUUACCCAGCCAUCCUGCGCUCUCACAUGCUUUUUGUGUGUGUGUGUGUGUGUGUGUGUGUGUGUGUGUGUGUGUGUGUGUGUGUGUGUGACUUAGUGAGUAAGUGAGAGUGUGUGUAUUACGUCGCCGCGCACGGACCGUGGGGUUGUUGUUCAGUCGAACAGCGCGUGGAUUACAGAGUUCUGAAUUAAACGGAAGACACAGCUGUACCUGACGCGUCCUAGAGGCGUCCACGCAAACCUAGAGAGUAUUUUUCUUGCCUGACGUUCAUCUUAACCAUGGCUGCGUUAAUGAUUAGAUUACACGAAGCAGUGACUUUGCGAAAGUUUUGACUUUUAUACCAUCACUUAUUUGUGGCUCUCACAGAUCCUUCGAGACUCGAUCGAGCGGAAUCGGGAAUUACGGAAUCUCAUGUCAACUUUGUAAAUGAAGAUUAAAAACAUCGGCACUCGCUUCUUCCAUCUGCCAAACAUAGCACAUGGGGGGAGGAAAAGAGACUAAGAAGUGAAGAAUAGACUCGAGCCACGCAAUAUUGACUAAUGUUCUGAGAGGAAAUAAUGGGGCUGAACGUGACACUGAGGAGCUUCCUGGGCCCCUGAGACGUGACAUCGGGCUGGGCGUCUCAUUUCCUGUGCCCUUGUUGGCCCAGACAAGCCCAAACAAGCUGCCCUCUGAAUGACUACUGACCAUACCGUACCGUCACCAUGAGCAAAUACUCCCAGUACUUCAACAAGAGCCUCAUAAAGGCCCACUAUAUCUUUGCCAAGAACAUGAGCCAGAAGGAUUUAGAUGAUCGCAAAGAUACACAACGCCUGAGCAGCCUGAACAUCUUAUUUGUUAUAAUCUGCAGUAUCAUCAUCUUGGAAAACCUCCUGGUGCUCAUUUCCGUGUUUCGCAAUAAGAAGUUCCACUCGGCCAUGUUCUUCUUCAUCGGAAACCUGGCCUUCUCUGACCUACUGGCUGGCUCUGCUUAUAUUGCCAACAUCUUCCUGUCAGGCCCUAGGACAUUUCAUUUGGUGCCUGUCCAGUGGUUCAUACGAGAAGGGACUGCUUUCAUCGCACUGGCUGCCUCCGUUUUCAGCCUGCUGGCCAUCGCCAUAGAGCGCUACAUCGCCAUCACCAAGGUCAAAGUUUAUGGCUCAAACAAAACUUGCCGCAUGUUCCUUCUGAUUGGAAUGUGCUGGGUGAUGUCCAUCCUUCUGGGAGGUCUUCCUAUUAUAGGCUGGAACUGUAUUGAUAACCUGGAUGAUUGCUCCGCUGUCCUUCCUCUUAACUCCCGAUAUUACAUCCUGUUUGUCGUCACCAUCUUUACCGUCAUCUUGCUGUCCAUUGUGAUCCUUUAUGUUCGCAUCUACCUAAUUGUGCGUACCAGCCACCAAGAGGCCACCAAUUCUCCAGCUUACGCUCUCCUGAAGACUGUUACGAUUGUGCUGGGCGUCUUCAUCGUCUGUUGGCUGCCCGCCUUCACCAUCCUACUCUUGGACACUUCCUGUAAGGUAGAACAGUGUCCUAUCCUCAACAAUGCUGCCGUCUUCUUUAGCUUCGCCACACUGAAUUCGGCACUGAACCCGCUGAUCUACACGUUGAGGAGCAAGGACAUGAGGAAGGAGUUCCUCAGGGUGCUUUGUUGCUGGGGGCUGCUCAAUUGUGGCCGGCCUCCUCACCGCUGCAUGGUGCCACUCAAGAGCUCAAGUUCAAUGGAGCACUGCACCAACAAACACGAAAAUCAGUCAAUUCCCAUCAUGCAGGACUGCACUACCUGUGUUUGAUUUAGUCUCCUCAGGUGGUUGAAGAUAAGGGGAGACCCCAUCUUGGAGGCACAGAAGAUUGAAGUGUUCAGAGAGCUCAUGGAUGAAACACAAUCGACGUCUUUGGACUCUCGGACAUUUAGAGUAGAUGUCUGUGUUGGAGUUCUACUGUAAGGUGGAACUAUGCUACCAGAACUCCCAUGUGUCCUUUGUUGCUCCUGUCCUUGCAAAAAAAGUUAGCAUAAUAAGACUGUACCACGUAUUUGGCAUUUUAAGUCAAAUGAAAGAAUGACAAAUUCAAAUGGGAAUAUGCGUUUAUAAAUGAAAAAUCAAAGUUGCACUUUGUAGACUUCUAGGCAGCUUGGGAUUGCAUGUUUCUCAUAUGCUGACCAAGCUACCAGAAGUCACAUACAAGUUGUAUCCUAGAUUCGAGAGGACAGAUGAAAUAUAAGGAUCGACAAUGCACUCCAUGUGAACCAAACUACCAUGCAUGCUUGCAGAACCGUAUUUAUCGAAUUACUUGAUAUACAUAACACCCUUUGAUUACCGUUUGACAAUAAAAGUAUUCCGCUUCAUUAUAUCGCAUGAAAGUCUAACCUGUGUAAAACUAAUUUGUAUGGCAAGCUUAUGUACAAUUGUCAAUGUUACUUCUCUUGUCCAUCUUAACUCACUGUCCCUUACUAUUUUUUUUUUUUAACAUUCCUAAUUUUUCCUAUGAGGAAAGCACAAUCAGAAUGU